AAGGAUGCAUCCGUGUCUGGUGGAAGUUCCGAUGAUGACAUGACACGGAUUUCUAUUUAAUCACAUGUGGAGCAGGUGCCAAAGAACGAACAUUUGUAACGUGAGUGUCAGAGGCAUCGGACGUGUAUUCAGAGAGAAUUCUACGACUGCAAAGAUAGGCCUAGAUGAUAGAACAACACGAAUAUUAAUAUAAUCUCAUCACAAGAUGGCAACUGAUGGGACAGAGGUAGAGGUUAAAUCUGGUAAAAGUAGUGCCAACCACACAAAUAGCAACCACACGAGAGAUGCAGUUUCAGGAGACAAGCUUGGUAAAAAGGAUGCCAGCAACACAAAUGGCAAUUUAUACACAAGAGAUCCAGUUAUAGGGGAUCCUGUGGACAAUGCUGCAUAUGGGGAUGCAAGAGUUGAUGAAGAUAUUAUAUUGCACCCUCAUGAUAAUUAUGUCUCGAAGGGAAUCCAGAAAUACAAAGACCCUAUGAAGGUGCUUCUUCCAUUUAGACCUAAACCAAAGGAUCGAAGCAAUAUAAGAUACAGCCCCUUGGACCACAUGGGACUCUUUUCCAUGCUCACCUGUUCCUGGCUGACACCCGUUUAUCGAAAAGCUUACAAAAGGACAUUAAAAUAUGGUGAUCUGUGGGAUUUGUCAGAUAAUGAUAACUCAGAAACAAAUGGACAAAGGUUUGAGAGGUUGUGGCUGGAAGAACUAGCUGCAAAAGGUAAAGAGGAGGCGUCACUUAAAAAAGUCUGUUACCGCUUCAUAAGAACACGACACAUGUUUAUGCUGCUCGGAUUGUUCAUGUGGCUAUUCUCUGCCUUUGCAAGUUCGGCAUUUCUAGUACAAGACCUUUUAAAGUAUAUAGAGGAUCAAAAUGAUGACCUGGCGUAUGGUCUGACACUAGUUUUGGGCAUCCUCCUGCUCAAUAUUAGUAGAGUCUUUGGUGAUGUCUUCUUCUGGACCUUUGGGAUGAGGACAGCGACACGAAUGAAAAAUGGUGUUGUGACAUUGGUGUUCAAAAAGAUCGCAAGGUUGAGGGGCCUUCAGGAUAAGACAGUUGGAGAGAUAGUAAAUAUUUGCACCAACGAUAGUCAGCGUAUCCAUGAUGUGGUCGUCGUUGGCAACUUCCUCUUGUCGUCGAUAUUCCUCGUUAUUGCUGUACUUAUUGCUGUUGGUCUAAUUGUUGGGCCGUCUGCUGUUCUUGGAGUUUUCAUUACGUUCAUAUGCUUCUGGCCACUGCAGAUUGUUUUUGGAAAGUUAACAUCGGUUAUUCGCCAAAAAGGAAUCAUCAUAACUGACCACCGUGUGCAGAAGAUGAACGAGCUCUUGACAUAUGUCAAACUCAUCAAAAUGUAUGCUUGGGAGAAACCAUUUUCAGAAUCUAUAAUUGGCAUUAGGAAGGAAGAAAAAGGGACUCUAGAAAAAGCUGGAUACCUUCAGAGUAUUAGCAUCUCAAUCGCUCCAAUCACUCCCAACAUUGCAACAGUUUGCUGCGUACUGAUUCAUAUAGGUUUUGGAAAUACCCUCACAGCGUCUGAGGUUUUCACGCUGGUGGCUCUGUUAAACACACUGCGUUUUGUACUGGGACCUCUGACAUGGGCCAUUAGGUUACUUGCUGAAGCUGGCAUAGCUGUCAGAAGAAUGCAGAAUGUUUUGAUCAUGGAUGACAUGCAGCCACUGCAUUAUAUUAGUAAGGAGUCUAAAUAUGCUGUCAUCUUGUCAGAUGCAUCGCUAGCCUGGGACAAACAAGACAAGAAAGAACCACAAAAUCCUGGACAGAAAGGCAAUAAAAAAUCAAGCAAUCAAAAUAACCGCGCUGCGAAAAAACCUGUAGAAACCCAGGAUGUAUCCUUCCAGGUCGACAUGCCAGAGGUUGAUGAGAAACAGGGUGGCAACGGCAUCCGGAGAGAGGUGAACCGACGUGGAAGUGUACCCAUCGAAGAGUUGGAUCGCAUUCUGAAAGAAAGCACAAAGCCUAAACGUCUUCCAGUCUUGACGGAAGGUGUUGCUGAGGUUCUUCAUAACAUCGAUCUCCAUCUUGAAAAGGGAAAAUUGACCGGAGUUUGUGGAGCUGUUGGCAGUGGGAAGUCUUCCCUUAUAUCAGCUAUUCUUGGUCAGAUGCACCUCCUAGAGGGCGAAUGCCUCAUUAAUGGCUCAUUUGCAUAUUCAGCGCAAGAGGCUUGGAUGUUCAAUGCCACGUUACGUGAAAAUAUCCUGUUCGGCCGUGAAUUUAAUCAGGAAAGAUAUGAGAUGGUGUUAGAGGCUUGUAGUUUAAAGCCAGAUAUUAAAAUUUUGACAAAUGGAGAUGAAACAGAGAUUGGUGAGCGAGGAAUUAACCUAAGUGGUGGUCAGAAGCAGAGAAUAAGCCUUGCAAGGGCGCUCUAUGCUGAUCAGGACAUAUACCUCCUUGACGAUCCUCUUAGUGCGGUUGAUGCUCACGUAGGACAACACAUUUUCGAAAAUUGUAUAAAGACUGCCCUCAAGGAUAAGACGGUUCUCUUUGUUACUCAUCAGCUUCAGUAUUUGAAAGAUUGUGAUAACGUUGUGACAAUGAAAGAUGGGUUCAUCGCUGAAAUUGGAACCCAUGACGAGUUAAUUGCAGCGAAAGGCGAAUACGCCCUCUUGAUUGAGACGUUCCAUGCAAAGCAAGAGAAUGAAGAGGAAGAAGAAGAAGAGGUGGUUGAAUUUGAAGGGGAGGAGGAUGCCGCCUCUGUAGGCUCCGGAAGAACAGGCUCCUUCAAGCGAUCUGUCAGUCGAAUGUCAUCAAAAAGUGUCAAAAGCGUUGAAUCCAUGGAUAUGGAAAAUGAAGGUCAGCUGAUUCAGAAAGAGCAGCAGGGUGAGGGCGCUAUCAAGGGCGUUACCUUCAAAGGCUACAUUAAUGCCAUGGGGGGUGUUCUCAUGACUGUUAUUUUGCUGAGUGUCUACGUCUUGAUGAUAGGUUCCCUGUCCUUCAACAACAUUUGGCUCAGUAUCUGGCUUGACGCUGGUAGUGGGAACACAACAAUUAUUGUAAAUGGUACCGAAGUGAUAAGUGAUAGUAUAGCGGACAACCCAGAUUUGAAUUUCUAUACUCUUGUUUAUGGACUUACUCUUGUUGCCAUUAUAAUAUUCGCAGCAUGCAAGAGUGGAAUAUUUGCAAAGUUGACCCUCCGGGCGUCGUCUAACAUGCAUGAUGACUUGUUCCGCACAGUGUUUCGCUGUCCAAUGAGUUUCUUCGAUACGACUCCAACUGGUCGAAUAUUAAAUAGGUUCUCCACAGACUUAAAUGAAGUUGACACACUUCUACCUUUGAAUCUUGAAUUGUUUCUUCAAAACUCACUUAUUGUCCUGUUUGCAUUACUCGUCAUCGCCUUUGUAUUUCCAUAUUUUCUCAUCGCGGUUGUCCCUCUCGCCUUGGUGUUUGCUUUUAUUCUGACUCUGUACCGACGUGGGAUACGCGACUUGAAAAGAAUUGAAAAUGUCUGCCGAUCACCAUACUAUUCACACAUUAGUGCAACAGUCCAGGGUCUUUCAACAAUACAUGCAUAUAAUAAAACCAGUGAAUUCAUAGAAAGAUUUAAAGAAUUGCUCGACUACCAGUCUUUGCCGUACCUUUUGUUCCGUAUCUCUACUCGAUGGGCAGGUAUCCGACUUGAAACAAUUGUGAUUAUCAUCUCGACCCUCACUAACCUUCUGAUUGUUAUUUUCAAGGACAACAUCUCUCCUUCAGACGCUGGCCUUGUUGUAUCAUAUACUGUCCAGAUAACUGGGAUGUUCCAAUUUUUAGUUAUAAUGGCUUCAGAGACUGAAGCACGUUUCACUUCUGUCGAGAGAAUCUUAAAUUACGUACGCGAUUUAAAACCUGAGGCGCCAGCUACUAUAGAAGAAACAAAACCAACUGCAGAAUGGCCACAGAAAGGCAAAAUACAAUUCAAGAACUAUAAGAUGCGCUAUAGGGAUGGGCUCCCUCUUGUGUUGAAGGGUGUGAACAUAGAAAUUAAGCCGCAGGAGAAGAUUGGAAUUGUGGGUAGAACUGGUUCAGGUAAAUCAUCGCUAGGUGUUGGUCUCUUCCGAUUGGUGGAAGCAGCUGAUGGUGAAAUUGUAAUUGAUGGUGUGUCGCUAGGUAAGAUUGGACUCAGUGACCUCAGAUCAAAGCUGUCAAUCAUUCCACAAGAUCCAGUCCUUUUCCUUGGAACUGUCAGAUACAAUUUGGAUCCUAAUAAUUCUUUCGAGGAUAUACAUUUAUGGAAGGCACUUGAAAGAACAUACAUGAAGGAAAAGAUUCAAUCAUUAGAUAAUAAGCUGGAGUCAGCUGUCGUUGAAGGAGGAGAUAAUUUUUCAGUUGGUGAAAGGCAGUUACUCUGUAUGGCCAGAGCAUUGCUGCGCAACAGUAGGGUGUUGAUGCUAGAUGAAGCCACGGCAGCCAUUGAUACUGAAACAGACAGUUUGGUUCAGAAGACAAUCCGUGAAGAAUUCAAAAGUUGCACAAUGCUAACAAUAGCUCAUAGACUCAACACCAUAAUGGACUGUGAUAAGAUUCUUGUCAUGGAUGCUGGAAAGGUUGCUGAGUAUGAUAAGCCUGCGACGUUAUUGGCUAAUUCAAAAUCCAUAUUUGCUGGAAUGGUUGCAGCAGCUGAAUCACAGAUCCAUUGAUUAGCAACAGCUCCAUUAUGAGGUCUAAAGUUUUGUCCAGGAUAUCAAACUGUAUUUGACCAAGACAUGUGCAUGAUGACAUCACACCACAGUCAUGUACUGGCACAUCAUGACUAUAUAUGGGCAUAUAACAGAUUUCUGUUGAAGAAAAUAAAUUAAAACUAAACUAAACUAAAUUAUCUUGACAGAUCUUAAUGAUGCAAAAAACUUUAAUAUACUUUGAAUCAGCUGAAGGUGAUGUAGUCUGUAGAAUUUGCUAGUUAAAUAAUUUAUUAAUGUGUAAUCUGAAAUGUUUAAACAAAUGACAAAUUUAGCCAUAUUUGUUCAACCAUAUGUUGAGCCAUAUAUGGAAAAUGCAUAUGUGCUCUAAAGUAAUGGUGCUUGCUUGUCUCUGUGUGAUCCAAAAUUACAAAAUAUGUUUUUUUUUUUAAUGAGAAUGUAUGAAAGGCUAUGGUGAACCAAUUUAUGUGUUUAAUAUAAAAUGAUUUCAUUAUAUUUUUACAAGUAUAAUUUCAUUUAAUUUUUAUACAGAUACAUGAGUAGUUUUGCAUUGUUGGUAAUUUAUAAAUAUUAGAUUUAAAAAACAUUCCAAAAUAUAUGAAUAUCUAGAUAAAUUUUAAGCUGAUAGAGUUGAAAUAUAUAAAUUAUUUAUCCAUUUUAAAGAAAUUUUGAUAACAGAAAUAUACUUUAAAACAUUACAUUAAUCUUGCUUGCAAGUUUUAAAUACCAAGUGGUAAAAUAAAUUGUACUUGGAUGAUAUAUGUUAUUGUUUAAUAUUAUGUGCUGCAUUCAAUAGUGUUUUAUUGUUUAACAUUAGGUGCUGCCCUCUAUAGUUUAUUGUUGAUUAACAUUAUCAAAGAGUAUAAAUAGAACAAGAGAGCCAACAACGCUCAUUGGGAGCGUAAAAAAACGAUACGCUCUACGCAGCUAGUGUAGGACGCCAA